AAGAUCAUUAUUUAUAAAACUCACAAAAGGCAAACAUCAAGUAGGCUAGAGAAAUGUCAUUGAGACGACUUUGUGAGAUGCAGUUUCUGUUUUCGCUUCCACCAAAACAAUUCUGGGAUAGUUUUUUCUACCAUAUGACUCUGAUAUCUAAUAAGAUCCCUGCAGUCGAGUGGCAACGACACCACAUGACCAUUGAGUCAGUAGAUCACGAAACGAAAAGCAUGAGGCAACGGUUUACCUUCCCUGAAUUCUUUGAAGGCUAUAGGCUGAUUACAUCAACUACAAAAGUUAACGAUUCGGCAAUCGGCUUGAAUAGCCGCGUCGAUAUCAGCGUGGAGUACGAUAAGACUGGCCCUGAGAUCAAAGACCUUGACGAAGUCCAAUUCCUUGUGAACUAUAUCAAUGAGAUGGUUGCUCGUACUGGUGGUCAGCUCCUACUACGUCUUAAGUAAUGGUCCCGUGGGACGUAAAAUCGAUCCAAACUAUAAAUUAUAAGGGUUCGUCUUGUCUAUAGAAUAAAGGUAUCUCUAAGAA